CAGCCUAGGAAGCUGCGCAUGCGUAUGCGUGUCCGGGCCUGGAAAGCCGCGGGCCGGAGAGUCCCUCCACGCGCAUGCGCGCCCAUCUCUGGCCAUGCGCGUGCUAGUGGGAGGUGGUACCGGCUUUGUGGGCGGAGCUUUGACCCAGCUGUUGAGGAGCCGAGGGCAUGAGGUGACCCAUGUCUCUCGCCGUCCAGGGCCGGACCGGAUCAGCUGGGAUGAACUGGCCCGCUCCGGCCUGCCCCCUUGUGAUGCUGCGGUGAACUUGGCUGGUGAGAAUGUUCUCAACCCCCUUCACAGGUGGGACGAUCCCUUCCGCAGGGUUGUGGUCGCCAGCCGGGUGGCGACCACCAAGACCUUGGCCAAGGCCAUCGCUGAGGCCGAGAGGCCGCCCCGCGCUUGGGUCCUCGUCAGCGGUGUAGGGUAUUACCGCCCCAGCCCCAUGGCUGAGUACACUGAGGAGAGUCCCGGCGGUGAUUUCGACUUCUUCUCGCGCCUGGUGAGCGCCUGGGAGGCAGCGGCUAAAAUCCCCGGGGACGGCACGCGCCAGGUGGUGGUGAGAUCUGGUGUGGUGCUGGGGAAGGGCGGAGGUGCCAUCUCCCAGAUGCUCUGGCCUUUCCGGCUGGGCCUGGGGGGCCCCGUGGGCUCUGGCCUCCAACCCUUCCCAUGGAUCCACAUCCGGGACGUGGCUGGUGUUGUGUGCCACGCUCUGGAGACGGAGGGUGUCCACGGGGUUCUCAACGGGGUCUCCCCAGCUUCACCCAGCACCUCCAAUGCCGAUUUCGCCCGGGAGCUGGGCUCAGCCCUGGGGCGCCCGGCCCUGCUGCCCCUGCCCAGCUGGGCAGUGCGGGGCGUCUUUGGUGCUGAGCGGGCCGUCAUGCUGCUGGAGGGCCAGCGGGUGGCGCCGAAACGCACUCUGGAGAGUGGCUACUGCUUUGUGUACCCCGACCUGCCUUCCGCUCUGCGGGACAUCGUGUCCUGAGCAGUUGAGGGGGGGCUGAUCCCAGUGCCCUGAGGACCCUCCUCUUCUGGGGAAUCACCCCAAUGGGAGCUUCCUCCCCCAAGACCCCUAAUCUCUGGCUCCCACAGCCCAGCUCUGAGCUUCCUGGCUGUCUUAGCCUGAACUUUGUGGGGUCCAUCAUGAGCAAUCCCCAGUAUCCCUCCAAUACUCACCAGCCUCUUGCUGGGGGUCAUCCCAUUCUUAGCCUCCCCAGCCCCCUUCUCUGAGUGGGAAUGCUCCCUUCUGAGCCCCUCUAGAAAUCACCCCUCCCCAGCCCUUCUUGGGGGGAGGGCACCCCACUGUGACUUUCCUGCCCUACCCCCAUCUGUGCUGCACUGACAGUGUGUUCAGGUGGUUUUCAAGUUCCUGACCCUUUAUGGAGCUGGGGUUCUGCAGCAAAGGCUGCUGGGAAUUGUAGUUUUUGGCUGCCCUGCAGCCCCCCUCCCUCCCACCCUGUAUGCAGCCUUGUCCAGUUUGCAAUAAACUGCUGGUGGGUCAAUCACUGUUGUUUGCAGGAAAGUGGGGGGGAGGUCACUAAGUCGAUGGUGGUGCUUAGGGCUGAGGUGGGAUUCAGAGUCUGCACUGUCCUCAUACAGUCAGUGCUGACCUCAGUGCCUGCAGCUCGCAAUACAGUGGGAGAGACCAGGCAGCGAAUGGGACCCAGCUGUCCAGGAGGAUAGUGCAGGGUGCUCAUCCUUAGGAGGGCUGAUAGGUCGUGGGGAGGGGGAAGGGGAGCCAGGAGUCUGGGAGGGCAGUGCAGGGCCUUCGCCAUUAGGGGGUCUCAUGAUUCUUAAGGGAGGAAUGAGGAAGGGGCCCGGGAACAACCAUGGGGCUCAUGUACAAGGUGAGAGGGCUGAGUCAAAUGGAGACUAGGGCGGGCUGGGCUCUGGGGACCAGACCGUAGCUUCCUGGCCUGGGGGGUGGGUUUGGGUCCCCCAGUGUGGGGCUCUUUUGGUUAUUCCUAUGUGGGCAUAACUGCCUCCAUGCAAGCGAUUGUACCAGUAUAACUGUAGAGGUGAAAUUGCAUCUCUGACCCAAAUAGUUAUACUGCCACCGACUCUGGCUGUGGUUCUGGCCUUGUUUUCACACCUCAGAAAACAAUGGAGAAGGAGUCCCGGCACGCUGCCUUUGUAAAAUACAAGUGUUGAUCUGUUGCUUUGGAAUACCUCGGCUGACACCUCUUUGAACUGUCCCCGGCGUCUCUCACUGUCCAUUGUGUGUUUCAGUUCGCUUUUCCUGAUGGAAAUUUCUGCUGGCAUCAUUAUUUUGUGGAAAAUUUAUAUUCCACAAAUCCCCAUUUUCCAACAGGAAACCAUGGUUCAAUUUUUUUCCUCACUGCCCUAAUGCAACAGUAGGCCAUGGGGUAAAUAAUGAAAGGCUUAGCUCCUGCAGACAGGCUGCGUUCUCCUCUAGAUCUCUGUGCAAACAUUCCCCCUGACAAAUGAGUGCUCCGCUGUGCAUCAAGGGGACUGUGCAUAUGUAGUCCUGAGUUUAUCCCCCACCCCAAAGGCUGUAAUUAAACAUAGUGAGUUUCUCUCUUUGACUUGAGAAGAGAGACAAAGCUCAAGGCCUAGCCAGUUGUUUCCAUUAGGGGUAUUUUCUGGGAUGUACUCUAGUUUAUUUCCAAAGAUGAUCCAUCAAGUCCUCUUUCCCUGAACACAGCUGCAGUUAGUGCUUCCGUUUGCUGCUCCAAACCAGCCUUUCCAGCUGGCACUUCUGUUACUGUCUGCUUGGCCUUCUCUCCGCCCCUUCUCCCUCGUGCACAGACCAAACCCGUGUCACCAAGCAAAGCCCUAGCCCCUGCCUGGGAAAUCUGUUGAGUUGCUUCUGCUCUAGCUUUUCCAUGUGCCUGUGUUUUGGAUUCUACUGCUGUUGUGUCAGCCACUCGGCUGCAAUGGCUUCUUUACAUUGCUCCUGCAUGAAAGGUAACGGCGACCCAUCGCUACAAGGUUUAACGAUGGGACGAUCGAGGUGCUAGAGGAGUACUCAAGAAAGACAAGGCUGUUGCAGAGAAGCUAAAUUAAUUUUUUGCAUCACUCUUUACUGUAGAGGAUGUGAGGGAGAUUCCCACACCUGAGCCAUUCUUUUUAGGU